UACAUCUCACGCCUUGCUCGUGUCUGCACCCGAACAAUUAGCUCUGAGUUGGGCAACCUUGGGGAGCGGGUGGAUUGGCAGGAAGGAAAGCUCAGGGAAAGCCAGGUAUCGUCAUACUCAACUCACGACUGCAGACCCCCUUACCAUUAAGGCUGAGGGAGCUUGUCGUUGCUGAGUCGGUUUACCGGAAAGUUUGCAGGUCAUCAGGGCAGUCGGAAGAAUAAAACACACAAGAAAACGACUUACAAAUUUAAGAGCGGAAGAACAAGUUGUUGUUCGACUACCUUGAUUUGAGGAUGCGGGACGGUAUGCCGCGAGUGCCCUGUGGUUGGAUUGACAUCUUCAAGAAGCUCCUAGCCACGGUGAAAGAGGGAUACGUUGGGUUCCUCAAAUCAAGAUGACUCAUCAAAAACUAAUCAUGAGCAUGGUGGCCCUCAGCACGCGUCUCGCCGGUCUACUGUGUACGUGGCAGGAAAAUAAAUGGAUGGAUAUGUCCAGGUCUUGCUUCAGGUCAUCACCGCAUCAUGGACGCCGCGCGAAUGGGGCACUCGUGAUGAUGGUUUUAAGCAAGGGCAUUGAGAGAGUCAAUCUCGACACUAUGUUCGAAAUUGCCAGCAGCGUGGUGCAGUUUGGUGGCAGACUGGCAAUAUUUUAAUGAACUGUGGUCUUGGU